AUGGUGCCGGAGCCUUCUUUGAUUCCUCCUUACAAUUCGGAGGUGAUAGAUGUCGUUUUAGCAAUAUAUGACUCCAAAUUAAAUGUUACAAAUAGUUCGAAUGUUAAGUAUUUACAAUUCAAAGCUACCGAUGUAAUUUAUGUUCUUUACAAGCAUAAUUCAGGCUGGUGGGAUGGUUUUAUCAUUAGUAAUGGCAUUGUUAAGAGAGGCUGGUUCCCAAAUAACUUCACUUCUUCCAUGAAGAAAAGACCCUCCUUUAAAAGAAUAGCCAUUACUAAUUUAAAUAAUUUAUCAAACACUAGCACAUCACCACCACUUGCAAAUGCAAGUGCAAAUGUGAGGCGAAGAUCAUUAUCAUCUAUAGAUGAAUUACAACAAUUUACAAAUGUUAAAGAUUUAGAUACAUUCUCCAAUCAACGAUACCCACCAAUUACUACUUCUUCAUCUUCUGCCUCCCUAAUGCAUGAUUUAAACUAUAAUAGGGGGAAAUCCGAUGAAAUCGCCAGUAAUACUAUUAAUAACAACAAAAACGGUAACAGUAGUAAUAGUAAUAAUAAUAAUGGUCCCACAAAACGUGCAAGUACAGGCAACAGUAGCAAUCUAUCGAACACUACCUCUUCAACGGCUGUCAUACCAAAUAGUGAAAAUUUAAUCAAUAAUAGAGAACCAACGUCAUUAUCAAAUGUGAAUUUAUCAGGGAGCACCCCUAAAUUAGAAGCUAGUGGCAACGACCAAGAGAUUAUAAAUCCGAAUAGUAUAUUUUAUAUGAACAGUGCAAUAGAUGUAAAAGAUUGGAGCCAACUCCAUCAAUUAAUUAAUACCAAUAUAGAGAUAACCUAUAAGAAUUUUAAAGAUACAAGAUUUAGUUCAGGUAAUUACUUCAAAUCUUUAGAUAAAUUAACUUCCACUUUUUUACAUGUAAAUUUGGCAUUCAAUUUAGUAAAGCCGCAGAAUUUUAAGAAUAAUGAUGAUUAUGAUCUUAUAUGGAAUGAAAAAACUCACAAGAAGAAAUUUCAGCUUCUACUGAAAAAAAUAUUCUCUAUAUUGAGUAGUAUUUCCGUUGAUUCCACCCUAUACUAUUACUCAUAUAGUACAAUACCAAAGGAUUCGUUGGAAUCUCUUUGUAAAGACAUCGAUACCUCUUACGCAAAACUAUCAAAUAUCGUUCCAUUAUUGUUUCAGUCAAUUGCAAAUAAUAGCAAUAGCAGUACUGGAAGUAACAUUACACAUUCAAAGGAUAAUUCACUGGAAUUUUCAAAUAUUGUAUUUCCUCAGAUAACACCAAGGUUUUUAAGAAACUCCUUUAAUGGUGGUUCAUGGGUAAAUCCCUUUGUUAAUGUUAACAAGAGACCGAUAAUCCCAAAUGAAUUUAUUAAUCCAAGUCAUUCUAGUAAUGCUCCUUUAAAGAAGAAGGCACUAUCUUACGGUUCUUCUUCAAUUAGUUCCAUCAAUUCAAGUAAGCAAAAAGCAGUGUUCCCUUUAAAUUAUGAUACACUUUCUCAAUUACAAAAAAGAGCCAAACAGGUCAAUGAUAAAGUUUUUGCAAACCAAGGUGAACAUAUUGGUGUUUUAGAUCAACCAAGAUCGAUGCAAAGAGAUUUAGAAAUUAAUUUGAAGGCUUAUGAUGAAUUCAAUUCCAAUUUGGCUAUUUUAAGAAUAUUGGAAGGGCUGGAUUUGUCGAUAUUUAUUAAUUUAAUUUCGUUUACAAGUGAGACGACUACAAAAGAUGUUGAUGAUAAAUGUUCAAUAAAAUCUUGUUUUGAUGAUGGAAGUGCUAUAUUUGAACAGGAAGAUGACGUUAAAUUACUACUAGAUGAAGAAACAAAAGAAUUUGUUGCGCAUGCGAUUGACUCUAUGUCAACGACUCUAAUUGAUUUCUUUGAUGUAAAACAAUUGAUGCAUGAUGUUGUGAUUAAAAUCAUUAUGUGUGCUCAACAAACAACUUUGGAAGAUCCAUUUUCAUUUUGUUCAAUGAAAUCUUCAGAUCCCGUGGGUUAUAACGAACCGAUUAUGUCAGUCGAGAAAUUGGCAAUGUUUAAUGAUCACGACGAAUUAUUAAAAUCCAUGAUAGCAAAAGAUGUCGAAAUUAAUAUGAUUCAUUUUACAGAUUAUACAUUAAUUUUAAGAGAAACUUGUGAAAGAUAUGCAGAAAUUUCUAAUCUAUGUUGUAUUCAUGUUGAAAAUUUAAUUCAGGAGAGAGAAAAUAUACUGAAUUAUGCAGCAAGAAUGAUGAAGAAUGAUUUAAUUAAUGAGUUGAUAAAGAAUGAACAUCAAGAUAUUAGCUGGUUUGGAAACGAACCAGAUAAUGAACUCAGUCAAUUUACCAACACAGAUAAUGAAUUAGAAAAACAAGCAGAUUACCCAUGGUAUCUAAAAUUGGAAUAUGAAUCGGAUUUGAUUUUAGAUGCUAAAAAUAGAAUUAAAGGUGGAAAUGUAUAUGCAUUAAUUGAACAUUUGGUAAAUCAUCAAUUUUUAGAUAAAAAUUACAGUGUAAUAAUGUUAUUAACGCUAUUAUCUGUUUUCAACAAAAAACAAUCAGAUGAAGAAUUGAACAGUUUGAAAGGUUUCAUCUACUGUUUAAUACAUAAGUACAAUUCACAACCUCCGGAAGGAUUAGGUUAUGGAGAAUACAAUAUAUGGUUGGAAGAAAAAUCAACACCAACAAAGAAGAACAUUGUAAAAAUAUUACACCUUUUUUUCUCAAAAUUCUGGUCGACAUAUUACUAUGAUAAAUCUUAUAUGAAUCAAAAUAAGGAUAAUUUGAUUUUUAAAUUUAUGGAAUAUGCAGUAUAUGAAAAGAUACCUUUAGCAGAAGAGUUGUUGGAUAUUUACAAAAAAAUUAUAGAAAGCAAAGGGAGCUAUGCCACUGCAAAGAUGACAAAUUCAUUUGCUGACAGUCCUAAAAUUCAAUUUUUUAUCGAUAACAUCCAAUAUCAUCAUGAAGCUGAACCUUAUUCCUUAUACGGUUCAAAAUCUAUAUCACAACAGAGUGGUUCUUCGGGUAUAUUUUUUAAGUUCAACAAGAAAUUAAAACUAUUAGAUAUAGAUCCGUUUGUUUUUGCCACACAGCUAACCCUUAUAGAUGAGAAAUUGUAUACUAAAAUUAGCGCUUUUGAUUGUCUUCAUAGAGUCUGGAGAGACAUUGGUAGUUCGUCCUCAAAGAGCAUCAGUCAUUUUAUCUCCAAUGCAAACAAGCUAACUAAUUUUGUUUCCUAUAUUAUUGUCACACAACCGGAGGUAAAAAAGCGUGCCAAAUUAAUUCAAUUCUGGAUAACUGUUGCAAUUCAUUGUCAGGCCAUGAAUAAUUUCUCAUCGAUGACUGCAAUCAUUUCAGCACUAUACUCUUCUCCAAUAUAUAGACUAACUAAAACUUGGAAGUUGAUAGGUGUUGAUCAUGUCGAAAAUUUGAAAGCUCUGAACAAUUUAAUGAAUUCAACCAAAAACUUUUUGAAUUACAGAGAAAAAGUAGGUUCUAUUAAUAAGUCAAUUCCAUGUGUUCCAUUUUUUGGUGUAUUUUUAUCUGAUUUGACAUUUGUAGCCAGUGGUAACCCUGAUUUUUUGGAUCCUCGAUCCACAAUAAUUAAUUUCUAUAAGAGAAGAAGAGUAGUUGAAAUUAUUCAAGAAAUUAUAAAGUUCAAACAAGUUAGAUAUAAGAUAAACACAUAUGAGGAGGUUAAAGAAUUUAUUGUAAAUAAUACUGAGAACAUUCCUCAUAUUGAAAAACAAUAUGAACUUUCUUUAGUAAUCGAACCAAGAUAUGAUGGCGGAGCAAACUUGUCACCGUCGAAUUCUGUGUUUACUACUCACCACCAUGGUCAAAAGGGGACAACUUCAGGCACCAUAGAUCCAAAAGGUUCUACAACUCAUCAUAGAAGUAAAUUUUUAAAAGUGGGAGGAGGUAAAAAAUGA